CUGAUGUAAUUUCCUUAGUAUGAUGCACUCAUCUUUAUUCCUUGAAACCCUGUGCCCGCCCAGCAGCUGGGGGAUAAAAGUGGCAGCACAGCAGAGGCUGAGCAUCGUGCAGAGCAGAGACCUGCAGCCACUCAACUCCAGCCCUGCUCACCGUGCCAACAUCCUGCAGACCAUGAAGGGCCCCGCAGCCAUCCUGGCCGCUCUGCUCCUCCUGGCCCUCUGCUCCUCAGCUGUGGCCCAUCUGGAUGGCCUACCCACAACCUGCUGCUUCUCCUACGUUCCACGUCCCAUCCCACGCAACGUCAUUGCUUCUGCCUUCCCCACCAGCAGCAAGUGCCGCCUGCCGGCAGUGAUCCUGGUCACCAAGAAGGGGAAGGAGGUAUGUGCAAACCCUGAGGAGUCCUGGGUGCAGAAACGCCUGGAACUCUUCCAGAGCCAAGAAAACUGACCUUCCGUGCUGUGCCCCUGAGCUUGGCCCACAGGAACACUCGUGCACCAGAGCACUUGAACUGGAUUGUCUUCAAUACGGAAUUUAUUCUAUUUAACUUAUUUAAGUUAAAUUAAAUAUUUUUUUCUAAGAAAAUGAAAAAUACAAAAAUAAUUUAAAAGAUACCACGACAUAAUAAUCCAUUAUGGUCAUAGUUUUUCCAAUGCCUAAAUAAAGUUUUUGGACUAUCAAA